CCUAAAUCGAUCUUGUCCUUUCGUCACUGUUCUUCGUAGCGGUCAUGGUCCGGCUGAUCACCCACAAUUUACUUGCAUGCCACGUUAAAGGAUGCACUACAAAUAAUUUUCCACUCGUAUUCCAAGAUGUCCAAGUCGAACUUCAAAAGGCGGAAUUCAACCCAGACUUCAUCCGGAAUAUGUUGUCUCGAUUGGAAUGGACUGCGCUGGUAAAUGCUGCGAAGCAGGUCGGAGACACAUCGCUGCCUCUAGAAGAGCCAGACAUGAUGGACGACGAGCUACUUCUGAAACUUCAUCACGUUUUGAUGGAGAUUCACGUUACUGAUGGUGCGAUGGUCUGUCAAAAUUGUAGCCAUGUAUACCCCAUAUCUAACGGGAUCCCAAACAUGUUAUUGGCCGAGCACGAAAUUGGCUAAAUCCUGAAUAAAAAAAUUGUAGUUGCCCUGAGAUCUUGCUGAGUGAAAUGAGGCCCUAACCGUUGGACUCCUCUUGAACUCAGCGCUCAGCAUCUAUACAUCUACCGUGACCUUCAGGAGAAGGGCGCAGCCUUUAUGAUAAGUUACUUCUAGACCUUGAUAACAUUGAUGCGGUCUCUUAGUUUGUGUGAACACUAGUGUAAGUCGAUUGACUGUUACUGUUAUACACGUGUGCACUUGUGGAUCACAUGGGUGGAUCACAUGGAAGCUAGAACGUGGAUGCUACAUCUUGUC